AUGGAUGGAACCAAUGAGAGCACUCAGGUAAAUUUCAUCCUUUUGGGGUUUUCUGACCGCCCUCAUCUGGAGAGAAUCCUCUUUGUGAUUAUCUUGAUUGCAUAUCUUCUGACCCUUGUGGGCAAUACCACCAUCAUCCUCGUGUCUCGGCUGGACCCCCACCUCCACACUCCCAUGUACUUCUUCCUCACUCACCUCUCUUUUCUGGACCUUAGUUUCACCACCAGCUCCAUCCCUCAGCUGCUCUAUAACCUGAGUGGACGUGACAAGACUAUUAGCUACACAGGCUGUGCUAUCCAGCUCUUCUUAUUCCUGGGUUUUGGUGGUGUGGAAUGUCUACUGUUGGCUGUCAUGGCAUAUGACCGGUUUGUUGCAGUUUGCAAGCCCCUGCACUACACGGUGACCAUGAAUCCACAGUUAUGCUUGGGUUUAGUGUCCCUUGCUUGGGGAUGUGGUGUGGCCAACUCUUUGAUUAUGUCUCCAAUGACUCUAUGGUUACCCCGUUGUGGGUACCACAAAAUAGACCACUUCCUGUGUGAGAUGCCUGCCCUGAUACGGAUGGCCUGUGUUAACACAGCUGUUGUUGAAGGUAUUGCCUUUAUUCUGGCUGUGAGUAUUGUGCUGUCACCCUUAGUAUUUAUCCUGAUCUCCUAUGUCUACAUUGUGAGGGCUGUAUUAAGUAUCCAGUCAUCCUUGGGGAGGCAAAAAGUCUUCAGCACCUGUGGUUCUCAUCUCAUGGUGGUCUCACUUUUCUAUGGAAACAUCAUAUACAUGUACAUGCAACCAGGAACCAGAUCCUCCAAGGACCAAGGCAAGUUUCUCACUCUCUUCUAUAACAUUGUCACCCCACUCCUGAACCCCCUGAUCUACACUCUCAGAAACAAAGAAGUUAAAGGGUCAAUGAGAAGAUUGAUUUUAGAAAAUCUAAGUUUAAGAAAGAAAUUAUAA